AUGGAAUCGGCAAAAUGUAAUAAAUUGGUUUACUACGAUGUUGUAAGCAGUGAUGAGCAUGAAAGAGUAUAUACGAGGAUAUUUUUUGAUGAAAUACAGGCGUUGGUUGCAGAUGAAUCAUUAUUGUUCCAAAAUACACAUAUAUCUGUCACACCUAAUUCAGGAAAGCUUUGGCCAAACAAAGCAACAGAACUUACUAUAACAUUUGCCCCAAAAGAAAUAGGAGAGUUUGAGGCGACGGUCUACUUAGACGUGGACGGUGUAAGUGAUCGACUUCCUUUGAAAAUAGUGGGCACGUCAUUACCGCCUCUCAUAACUUUGAACUUGGAAACACUAGAUAUGGAUCGUGUAUAUAUAAAUAAAACUUAUCAAUAUGAAAUAGUAGCAAUGAAUAAAGGGCAUAUUAAUGGCGUAAUAGUAUACAAACACGUACCUCCCUUAUUUGGGAGUAUCAUUAGUUGCAGUCCAGAAAUACACUGUCUCAGACCAGGAGAUAGAGAUUCCUUUAUUAUAUCUUUCUGCAAUUCCAAUCAGGGGCCGUUCUUUGAAGAAAUACAUUUCGCAAUACGAGAGACAAAUGUUCUUAUAAAACUGUAUCUGAAAGGUGUUGUGGUAUAUCCAUCACUGAUGUUUAGUAUACCAUGUCUAGAUUUCGGUAUGGUUAGCGUUGGCGUCCCAAAGACUUUAGAACUAGAUGUUAUAAAUGAAUCCUUAGUGCAAGUCGAUGCGAGUGUGAAGAUAUCAUCCGACGGCCCAGAAAUGCGCAGUAUUACUUUAACAGACUACGCUGUGGCUGAUAACCCGAAGCCGUCGGUGCCUCAGUGGCCGAGAGAGUUCAAUAUCGAACCUUAUAAAAUUAAUAUUGGACCAGAUUCGAAGAUAUCUUUACAGGUAACAUUAACAGCAAACUUGAUUAGAGCCAAUCAGACGUCUUUAGAAUUGGAGUUGGAUAAAUCAGACAGUCCGCCAAUAUUAUUGCCAGUGACAUUCAAUGCAAUGGUGCCUUGUAUUAGUCCAGCACCAGAUAUCAAAUUAAGAGCUUGCUUUUUGGACUUUGCGUACAAGCAAGAAAUCAAUAUCGAGUGUAAAGAUUUUUGGGGAUAUUUUACUUUGGAAGAACCCAAGACUGAGUCGACUUUGGAAGUAGAUGUAGCAUUGAAAGAAGGACUAAUUGAACCGAAUAGCACUAUCACGUUACCUGUGACAAUAAAGACAAGUGUUUUGGGAGUCCAGGAACAUCAUAUACGAUUAUAUUUAUUCGGUUUAUCCGCACCGGUGGACGUGUGUCAAAUAACAGGGUGCGGCGUGCGACCUAUCGUCACCUGCAACCCUACGGCGCUGCACUGGGGACAGGUUAAACUGUUAACACGGACACAGAAAAUACUAACUCUCUGCAAUGAUUCCCCAGUGGUCGUCAAUUUUAGGGUUUCCCUGCUAAACCGCGACGGAAGGUGGCAAAUUUCUCCCAUAGAAGGUCACAUAGAACCGGAAACAGAAAUCGAAUUACUCGUUACGUUAUUUUUGAUUGAUGCAGAUAGUUACACCAAUAAAGCAGUAAUACAAUUAGAAAAAGUUAAGGAUAUUUUGGUGCCACUGUCAGCUACAGGUAUAGGUACAAGCAUAUUAGUUGGUGAGCUGAAGGAUAAAGUGUUGCUUGGUCGGCAUUUUACCAAAAUACCUCUAAACUGCAAGGUUAUUAUGGAAAAUUGUGGUACUCGCAUGCACGCUUUAGAGUGGAGCGAGCAUUAUAAAGCACCGAAAACUAAACAACACACUACUGGAUUUUUUAAUAUGGAACCCAGAAUAUUUAAAAUGGCUGCGGGAGAGAAAUUGGAACUCACUAUAACUGGCUUGUCGUAUAAAGUGGCUACUAUUAAAGAAAUGUGGUACUUAGUGGGAAGUGUCGAAGGCAUUAAUAAAAAAGAGCUGCUGUUGGAAUGUCAAAUUGUAGCUGAAUUUGUUGAUCCAAAAAUUGAAGUGUCGUCUUCUAUAAUAGAAUUUCAAUAUGAUUUUGGACCUUAUAGCGAGUUUUACAAAUUAACUGAUCUUGUGACUAUUAAAAACGUCUCCAAAUUACCAUUAGACUUCGAAAUAAGCGUAAAACCUCCUUUUGCCAUAAUCCAAAAACGAAGCAGUUACAAAGUACCAUCCCAUGAAGAAAAUCUUUGUGGCUGCGUAUGUUAUAACGAAUCAGAUUUGAAUAUUCCAAAUAUAUUAAAUGAAAUUGGAAAACAAUCUAGAAUUUUCAUUGAUUAUUUAACUUCAAAACCAGUAGACCCUUUACGAAAAGGCCCUUUACAUUUUUUCCAAGAUAUAAAUAAAAUCAAAUGGGCAUUUAACCUUACUCACUUAGUAGAAGAAAGGUUAGAAGAUCAAGAAGUAAUGAAGAUACAAAUUUUGUUUGAUACUAGUAAACAUUUAACACUAAAAUCUCGAGUUUAUUGUGAUUUGAUGAGAAUUAAAUUUAAAGGGCACAAAAACAAAGACGCAAUAAAACUAAUAGGUCAAGUGAAUUUUCCAAAUUUACUUGUUUUGACCCCAAAAGUUGAUUUCCAAUGUAUUCCUAACGGCAGUAUUGAGAGCAAAACCAUUAAAAUCCAGAACGUCACUCCAUUGCAAGUCUGUUAUAGAUUUAACUGGAAGAAGUGUUUUAUAAUCACAAAAACCGCGGACAUUUUGAAAUCAUCAAGUAAGGUCAGUCUUUAUGGUAAAUCCACCACGGACACAAGCAGCAAAUUUGCGGAUGAUGAACAGCUCCAUGAAAUUUUAGCUUGUCGAACACCAGUGGGCUCUGUGAUCGGUUUAUCUGUUAAUCACACUAAUAAGAACCCUGUUUUACCAAUCAAUCAAGAACCGUUAGAUCUUCACUCGAUGACUAAAAUCGACAUUGAAAAUAUUGAUUUGGCAGAACAUAAAUUUAUGAAGAAAAUAUCACCAAUGUUAGAUGAUGAAUACGAUUCAGAAUUUGAAUGGAUACAUAAAUUUUCAAAGCUUUAUACAAAUACUGUUAUUUCAAUAAACGAUGUUAUCCAACUUAUACCUCAUUCGGGAUUAUUAAAACCAAAUGAAAUACAAUAUGUUAAUGUGAUUUUUAAACCAAAACCGAAUAUUAAUGUUCGUGCUUUACUAGAAUGCGAAGUUUUAGGAGGUCCGCCUGAAUCUAUCAUAGUGACUGGUCAAAGUGCUGAUUUAUUAUAUAAAAUAAAUACCCACAGAGUUAAUUUUAAAAUACGGUCGUUUCAUGAAAAUGCUACGCAACAACUACGUAUUUCAAACGUUUCACAAUUACCUUUCGAAAUUAAAACUUACUUAAAUGAAAUUAAAUAUAAAAACGACCUCUAUGGAAACAUUCUUGACUUAAUACCUUCAGAAAAAGUUUUGGGGCCAGAAGAAGAAAUAGAAAUGAAGAUUGAAAUAAGACCUGGAGCCAUGGGAUAUUUUCAUCGAACUUUCAUUUUAGAAAUUGGACAUUUACCCUUUUUACCCAUUGAAGUUUUCGGCUGGGGUGUUAUACCUCAAAUUUAUUUAUCAUUGCCAAGACCAGCAAUAUUUGAGCUUGAUCCAUCGUUGGGCUACCAAGCAAUACCUACGCUAACUUUAGAAUAUUUGGAAGCAGUUAAGGAAAUGUUUGCUAGCGACACCUCGGAACAUUUAAAUACGCCGUUAAUAGAAAAAUGUUUUGAAGAUUCGUGUUUUCAACAAGAUUGGCAUAUAUGUUCUGCUUGGGAUGCGUACCCCUCAGUCAUGGACAUUGAGCUGGCUAUAGAAAGAAUGCUUGCAAUAACAUACAUCUCAGUACAUCCAGUAAUAUUAACGUCUUAUAUUUCUUCCUCUAAAAUGGGUCCGAUACCUGGUUUCAUAACGAUUCCCUACGUCAUCGACUAUGGAGUCGUCAUUACUGGAAGUACGAUACAAUGUAGUGUGGACAUAAUUAAUUAUGGUCCAAUAAUUUCAAAGUUGCGUAUCGCAAAAGGGACUCACAUUCCAUCUUGGCUUGGAAUUAAAUUGUGUGGUAAAUUAAAUCCCGGAGAGAGCGGUAAACUCGAAGUAACAUUCUCACCGACUUCGGUAGAUUUCAUUGAAUUAGAACAAGAUGUAGAAACUUUUUUUAAUAUAGAGGUUCCGUAUGGCGUGACGAUUCCUGUCCAAAUAAAAGCUUUAUGUGCAGUGCCAUAUUUAAUGUCUAAUGUGAAAGAAAUUAAUUUUGGCUCUGUUAGAUGUGGUGAUAAAAUUGUUUCAUCAAUACCGUUGAAAAAUGUAGGAAAACCAAGUUGUAUUUGGUUCGUAACGCUGCGGCUAAAAUCCCCUGGAUCUAACGCAAUGAUGGUACUCGAUAGUUCCGGAAAAUAUGAACCUGAUGAAGGAGGAUGGCUAAGUUUAGCUUUUAAGCCUACCAUAGAUAUGCUGUACGAAGGUCUUCUUAUAUUCAAAUUCCAUAUGAAUCCCAAUAGAAUGACAAUUCCUGUUAUUGGACAAGGCAUUAUACCUCAAGUUCAUAUUAUUGGUCCAAAAGUAAGCUUUCCACCGACUCUACCUUGGGCUGAGACGUCAGAAAUUUAUUUUGGAUUAACAAACCCUUGUCCGUUUCCGAUUGAACUUAUUAUAGCUCAUAGCGAUAAGUGCAAAGAAGAAGAAUUGCAAGCAGCUAAACCUUCAACAGCGCGCGCAUCGUCUACCACCAGAAAAACAAAAAGUCCAAAAACUGCAGCCAAAUCAGCCGCCGCAAAAGAAGCAGUUUCUCCAAAAGUAUACAGAAGUGAAGCUGAAAUUAUAACAGAUGUAAUGAAUGAAAUGAGAGCAGCUAAAAUAGAUCCGUUACAAGAAUGCCUAAAGGUAUUAGACGACAUUUCAACGGAUAGUGAUAAAAAUAAACAUUCAAAUGGAAUACUAAUUUUUAUGCACGGAUCACCUCAGAUCAGAUCGGAAGAAGUACAAUGUCAAGAAAUGGCUUAUACAGUUGGAAAUGCUUUGUCGAUACCAACCAUCAAUAUAGAUUUAUGUAUAGUAGAAGCUCUAUGUGUUUGUGAUUGUCCGGCUAAAACCGUACUAAUUCAAGCUAUUAAUGAAAUGUACGAGCUUUCACGUAAAAAUGUUAAACCAGAUUCUGAUGAAAACGAAGCUCAAGAUGAAGCUAUAUCUGGUGAAACAGAUGAUAGUUUUGACGCGAUAUUUAAAAAGUUUGAAUUCUUAGCGAAUAAUAAAAAUCUUGGUACGCCUCGUUCUAAAGUAAGUGAUAAAAAGAAGAAAAGAUCCCCUAAUUCUUCGAUUGUGUCACAUUCAGUACUUGGUGCGAUGGGAUCUACGAGUAUGUUCCAAAUGGACUUAAUGCAAGAACUAUUGACAGAAUUUUUCAAGCUGCCAAAAUUUGAUAGAGGCUUCGUAGUGGAUACGUUGACAAGUAUAGUUUUAAAAAAUCCAUCAGUCGCUCUUACAACCCUUAUUAAGUGUAAACAUACGAUUUGGAAUAUACAUUUAGUCCUAUGCCAAUCAGAUUUUAAUAAAUGGGCCCAAAAUUAUGAGGAAAAACAGCGGGAGAAUGAAUACGUUGAUGAAAAUGUGUCCAAAGUUUAUGAUGAGACAGAAAUAACAAAAAUAAUUGAGUCUUUUGAUGAUAUGGAAGCGGAAGAGUACGAAAAUGCAAGUCCUGAAUUAAAAUCUAUAUACAUUAAUUACGGUUUAGAAGAGAGACGAAUUAAACAUUUAGAACAUUUUGGUUUACCUAUAGGGGCUAUAUCUAAGGAAAAGAGUACUCGAGAUCACAGUAAAUCUUUCAUAGCAACAGAUAAAUCAGACUCUAAAAAGAAAAUGAGAAAGGAUGAUAUUAAAGCAAAACCUACAAACGAAUAUAUUAUAAUGAAUACAAAAUAUAAUGAUUAUAUGAAAAACACUUAUGAGAAUCUUAUAAAUAUUGCGAAUAACUGGAUAUUGGAAUUGGGUGAUGUAGGAACCCCUUUGUUUGGCUUUAAUGGCCAUGUCCUAAGCUCGACUCAAAAGAAGACUAAGAGGAAAUCAGAAAUGCAAAUCCAGGUUUCAGAUGUUAGUUUUUCAGAAAGAGGUUUUCCUUUGACAUUCAUUACGUGUCCAUGUAUCCGAUAUAAGCAAGCGCUAGUUAAUAUGUUUCUGAAGUCAAAUUUAGUUCGAGAAGCUUUAAAAGACGAGGAAAAGUGCGACGUACUGAAAUUUCCCAUAAGCAAAAAAACAUACACCGUAUUACUUCCGAAAUCUUUCCCAACAAUUAAUCAUGAAAAGCCACUGCAAUGGCGGUAUUUGGAAGAAUCACCGAUCAAAAAAUGUGCAUGUAACCAACUUACUGAUUUAAAUUUGUUAGAUGAUACAACUCAAGAUAAUGUUUUGUACAUACUAUCAAAGUGGCAUUGCGAAUGUGGGAAAAAGGUGACAUCAUCCCAAACAUCAACCAGUGAAAUACCUUCCACUUCAAUAGAAAAAGUGCAAACAGAAGAAAGUGAAUCAGACAUCUAUCCAUUGCCAUUAAACAGUUUGAAAUCAAAGUCAGAUAUAGAUGCGCGAAUAGUGUUAGAGCCAGGUGAUCUACUAAGGUGUAAAUAUACCUUUAGUCCGCACGAAGAAGGAAAUUUCAAUGUAAGGAGAUUUGUAGAAGUAAGCGGUUGGCCAGAUUCACGAGUUGACAUCGUCGUAUCUGGAAUAUGUGAUUUGCCGAGGUUAGAUAGUCGGCCGAAGAAAAUGUUUGAAAACUUUGUCAGAAGAACCGUAGAAGAUAAAGUAUACAAAGGCACUUACUUAGACGACAAAAAGCUUUUUGAAUUUGGCCCUAUCUUUAUUGGAAGCAACAGAAUAUACGAAGAGAAAUACACAAUCGAUUUAAGAAAUUCGUCUCUAAUUACCACAGAUAUAGAUAUUGAAUUUCUCGAAGAUACUACGAUAUUUCAACUUGACAAAACUUUUAUUAGAUUAGAGCCUGGAUCUCGAGGAAAGCUAGAAGUAUCAGCAGCACCCACAGAAGUCGGAGUCCACACUAGCGUCUUGUUGUUCUGUAUAAAAGAUAACCCUGAAAUAGUUUGCCUUACCAUCACCUGUAGCGGGGUCGUUCCUGCUGUUGAAAUUCUUCCACUUACCAAAAUGAUUGAGUAUGGUAAACACUUGCUGUAUCGUCGCGAAGACGAUAGAUUUAUUGUUAAAAAUGAUUCUAUUCUCUCAAUUAAAUGGAAAAUUCGUAAUCCAGAUGAUUUUGUAGAGGAUUUUAUUAUAGCUCAAACAAGUGGCGUUGUGUCUAGGAACGACAAUCAGGUCGUCUCGGUGACCUACAUCGCGUGCAGAGUCGGCGUCAUUUCUAACAAAGCGCUCACUAUCGAUAUAUAUGAUGAAGAGGGUCGUGGAGAUCCAAUGUUGACUGAGACACUAUACUUAUCUGCCGAGUGCUACGAUGUAAUGGUGGAAUGUGCUUAUGAGAAUCCGAGUGAGAAUUUUCUUAAUUACGGCAACGUUAAAGUUAAUUCCACCGUCUACAGAGAAAUGUAUCUUCUUAACAGAGGACGAUAUAACGUCUACUAUAAGUUGAAGAAAGUGAAAAAUUUUCCUGAACCAUCGUUGUUACGCUCAUUUGAGGCUAUACCCGAUUAUGGUAUAAUACCACCCUCUAUAAAACUUGUUACAAUUGAGUUCGUGUGUACUCCUACUACAUCUAUGAACUUGGUGAACGUCCCAGCAUAUAUUUGCUCCUUGUUAGAUGGUAGCAAAAACCAAGUGGUCGUGGCAAAAUUUCCAGUUUGUGUUACUAUUGCAUCUUUUUACAAUACUUUCACACUGUUCCCUCUCGGCGAAUUGAAUUUUCAUAUAAUUCCUGUCGGAAGUGGCGUCGUAAGAGACGUCAUAUUGAACAACACAAGCAAAUGUCCUGUGACUUUUGAAAUAGUUCUUCCACUUAAAUAUCGACCAGAUCCAGAAGAUGCUCAACCACAAGCAAAAAUCAAAGAUAACAAAUUGAAGAAUCCACCGUUAAAAUGUGGUAAUUUCCUUAUAAUGAACGACGACAACUUACUCGCACCGGGAACGAGUAGAACUAUUAAGAUUCAGUUUAUGGCAACAGCGGCGGCGACGUUUGAGGAGACAAUCAAUUUCAUCGUCAGUGACACUUGUCCUGCAGAAAGCCAAGGGGUGCCACUUAAACUGGUCGGUACGGGAGCUAUGCCGACUUUAGAUUUUUGGAAUCUUGAAACCACAUUCCGGGAACAUUUGAUUGUGAAAAAUCUUCAUGAAUAUAAAGUCCCAGAGGAGUAUCGGGCAGUUUUAGAGAUACGAUUAAAAUUACUACAAAAUCAGGAGCAAUCAUUUAAAAUUUGCCUCAUUGGUGAAGGGGUAAUACCGAGGAUAUGUUUAAUCUCACCAGUUCUGAGGCACCAUAGAAUAGCUGUUCUACACUUCCCUGUUACUUGCUUAGGGUCGAUUUCAUACAAACAGCUAAGUUUCAAGAACGUUAGUUCAGUACAGGCUUUAGUGUUGGUGGAUGUUUUAUAUCCAUCGAGUGAGCCAAGGCCUGUGUUUUGGGUUACUUCUACGCAAGACAGUGAUCAUAUGAUCCUAGCUGGCAACAAUGAUGAAAUGAAUUUAUGCAUGAAACUGCUGUUAAAACCUGAAGAAAUAGCACACUUGUACAUUCAUUUCAAUCCUAUAAAGAAAGGGAGAACAUCUUGUGAUGUAAAGAUAACGAUUUUUGAGAACCCUUACGAAUAUUUUACGGUAUUAUGUGAGGCGGAAGCGUUUAUGGAAGAUGUCAUAUUAAUUGGCUUGGAAAUGCUCUCAAUGGACAUCGACUUAGAUGCUUACAAAGCAUCUGCGGAAGGGACUCUGUCAACUGUAUCAACUGUGGAUAGCAGGAAGAAAAGCAGAAGCGCGCCCAUUGAUAAGAAAAAAUCAAAGCAAUUAGAGAAAAGAAGUAAGAGAAUGUCUCAAGCGUCGAUCAAAGCGAGUGAUACUGCUACAACCAUUGAACACUCAGUUCUGAAAUAUAUAUUGAAUUUUGGUGGCUGCGAAUUAUGUGUGAUGCACAGACGUUCAGUUAUUAUGGUGAACAAUUCGGAAAGAGUAUAUAAGUUUAAAUGGAACAAUGUAGAGCACAUCCUCGUGAAGCCGUCCAUGGGCUAUAUAUCACCUGGUGAAGAAAAAGAUAUAGAGAUCAUUUUCUUCUGUGCACAACCUGUAGUGAUAAAAAAGGAAUUCCUAAAUAUUACAUUGAUGGCAAUAAGUGAUGAUUACUUCACGCUAGACGUCAGGGCAACGACGUGGGACAAUCGACAAACUAUUACCGCUUUUGAACAUAACACAGAAGCUGAUCUCAAUGAAAGAUUUGAAGCGGUACUAAAUGAACAAGCAAACCACAAUCCUGAAGUGUUGUCAGAUGUAAUCAACAUGGUAGUUGUGUAUUCCGCUACUACAGAGUAUACCAAAUAUGUAUGCGAUUUGGACGGUGAAAUGAAUUUGGAGGAUACUUUUAUUUAUCAGAUACGCAAUUUUAAAUUCCAAGUAGAAAAUAUGGGUAAAGUUCCAAUAAAAAUAUUGUGGAAUUUUGUAAUAGACGACGAGUUUCCAGUUAGGAUCGAUAAAUACUCUGGCAGCGAAGAAAAUAUCGAGGAAAAUGAAAAGACUCCUCACGAGGAGCAAGUGCUUGUAGAGCAAGCGGAUGAAAAUGACCCAAGCAAGUUAACUCUAUUCAGCGGAAGUUCGUCCAGGGACAGUGUGGACACGUGGUUCGAGAAUGAUCUGCCCUUCGUUAUAGAGCCAGCGAAGGAUUGCAUAAAGCCUAAUGAAAGCAAAGAGUUUAAAGUUACUUUUGCACCAUUAGAGGCUUUCAUUUUUAAUGUCAAAUUAAAAAGUACUAUAGAUAAUUUAGAUCCGUACGAUCAAAACAUAUCGUGUAAAAUAAGGGCUAAAUCGCUGGUGCCGUACGUGCAUCUUGACAUCGAGGAAAGUGAUUAUUUGACGUCGGGUCGAAGGAAAGUGACGGGAGUCGCGCUCCCCGCUCACACUACUGUGCUAGAGUUUAAUGUUCUUGGAUCAGGAUGCUAUAAAAAGGCUUUCAACGUUAUCAAUCCAACAAGUGUAGGUUAUGAAUUUAUAUUCGAAAUGAUUAUGUCUGACAAACCCGAGUUAGUGCCGAUGCAUUGUGAUAUGCUAAAGGGCUUCGUCGAAGGAGGCACGAGUACUGAAGUUGUGUUUACAUUUGCUCCAACUGCACCCGGCAUCUACGAAUCACAAUGGAAAUUUAUCAUACCAGUCUAUUCACUGGUUAUGAAUUUGUUAGUGGUAGGAAUAGUGCGGGAGCCAGAAGUAGUAUUCAUACCGACUAUUUUGAUAAUAAGAAAUUCCUUAGUCGGCUUCACUUCUACUAACGAAGUUAUUUUGAAAAAUAAUGAAACUGAAAGUUUAAAUUUUGAAUUCAAAGGGAAUUCUCUUUGCAAUGAAUCGGGAAGGACCCCAGUUAUCGUAGAGCCCGAGUGUGGCGUUCUUAGACCUCGGUCCGAAACAUCUAUAAAAAUAAUUUACACGCCAAUUCAAGAUGGUCCGUUGUCCUUUAAGAUAUUCUGUAGUGUGACAUACUUAACGAAAUUAAUCACUUUAUGUGUGAACGCAUUGAGCUACUCGAUUAAACCAAAAAUUACUUAUUAUUUGAUUGGAAACGAACAUAUUUUGUGCAGCGAUGCUAUUACGAAUAUUCACUUGGAUCAGACAGCAUCUACAUACGAAAGAACAAUACCAUUCACGAUAAAAAACGAUGGUUCAGCAACAUUUUUUUUCGACUGGCACUACAAUACAAGCGCUGUUAAGAAAUAUCUGCAGCUCUACGUAGAGCCGAGCGGCGGUCACGUGUCGCCCGCGUGCGAAGUGGAAUGUACCCUUCAUUUCACGUUGAAGAAAGUUCCCGUGCAAGCCUUCCCUGUUACUUUAUCUAUUUCUGAUGGUCCUGAGUACACCAUACAACUCCACGCUGAAAUAGAAAAACCACUAUAUCAUUUUUCAUGCACGGAAUAUGACUUCGGAAGAUGUAUAGUGAACGCUCCCGACUCUACCUACAAGAAAAAUAUUGCUUUUGAAAAUGAUGAUAAAGUUCCAAUAAACUUGGAUUUAAACUUUUCUAAUAUGCCGGAGCUUUUUGUGAGCUACAACCAAGAAAACUUUAUUGAACCCAACAGACGGCUAAAGAUAGCUAUAUACUUCCGCCCAAAACAAGUAAAAGAAUACGAAUUUAAACUCCAAUUUUGGGUAAAUUCACUUUGCGAAGAAAUUGUCACCAUUAGAGGAGAAGGUAUUCCCCUCCUGUUUGAUUUAUAUGAAGGUUGCCAAAAAAGUUUUGAUCUCGGGCCUGUUAAGGUGGGAGAGAAAAUUGUUCGCCAAAUAGAAGUGAUGAACCACAGCAAAGUGCCUAUAGAUGCUAGUUUCAUAUUCCGAGUGAUGUACCAAAACGUAGAAGAUAAUAAUAAUUCUGAAGGGACCAGUGUUUGUCUGAGCCCAAGUGCUACCAAUCUUCGAGUGUCGGAGAUUGGCCCGUCGAGAGGCGAAAUGCUUCAGAAAUAUAAAACAGAUAAAAUACAAGAACAAAUUGCAAAGGAUUCUGAAAACGCUCUAUCGUCUUUAAAGGCGGUACCGAGUAAAUGUACCAUCAAACCUUACAUGAAGGUUCCUCUGAAAAUACAAUUUAAGCCUAUUGGUAUGAUUAGCAAUUUAGACGUGCAGUUAAAUAUGAAAGUGUUUCAAUUCGAGCGUCCCCUUGUCCGCCUCAGCGGCAGUGCCACCGGCAUGCACCUGCACUUCUCUCAGAACUCUUUGCAGUUCGGACGAGUGCGGAAGCGUGGUUGUAAAAUAUUAAAAGUAAUGCUCUAUAACAAAGGUGACUUCGGUGCUAGGUUUUGGUGGCAACCGUUGGUUUCGGGUGAGUUUGCAAUAUCGCCAAUGCAGGGCGCUAUCGCCGCCCAUACUAAUGUCACCUUCACUGUAACAUUCCGACCGGCCAAUCAUAACCCUUUCGUAAAAGUGUGGGCAUGCUGCAAUAUAGAGAACUACACUCCUCUAGAGUUAGCGCUAUACGCCACGUGUAUCGACACCGGCAAUGUUCAAAUAAAAACAUUAUACUUUGAAUGUCCUGUCAGAGAAAUCAAUACACAAUACGUUGUUGUAACUAAUCCUUCGGAUGACUUGUGGCUUAUUUUAUCGGAAGUAUCCGGUGGACCUUUCGAGACGUUGAAAGAAUUCCAUGUACAACCAAAUUCUACUUUUGAUAUUCCAGUAUAUUUUAAACCCAAAACUAUUGGAAAACAUGAGAGUCAAGUACUUUACUCCCCUCUCGGUGAAAGCGCACUGUUCGUAACAUUAGUGGGUAACUCGAUACACCCCAACCCCAACGGCACCAUCACCAUCACAGUAUCGGCAAAAGAACUUUAUACGAAGGAACUAUUGGUUUACAAUAUUACUGAGUUCCCAGAAUCGUACGUGGUAUCCACAGAGAUAGUAAAAAUAGUGCCGGACAAAUUCGAGGGUUACUAUGAGAUAAAGCAUCCGGAAACCAUUAAAGUAUGGGGAGAGGCGGCACCUACUUGUCGAUGGUCUUUUGUGUGCUACGAGGAGUGUGAAAUAUAUGCAAAAGUAAUGUUCAUAAAUGAAGAUAACCGCGAAUAUCAGUUCUACAACGUAGAGCUAGUGGUAACGGCUAGUAAAAUUGUCGACACGCUAACGUUCACCUCCCGAGCGCGGGAGUCGGUCCAGCGGGAACUUGUCGUUAAGAAUCCUUUAGGUUCUGACGCACUGUUCCAAGUCAGAUGCGAAGGGUUGGAGUGUCCCGAUGUCCUUAGAAUCAGUAGAAAUUCUGAAACAGUACUUGUGAUGGUGUACUCUCCGCUGGUGGUGGGCGAGAUUCAAGAUAUACUGGAAGUUAGAAAUGAGCUUGUAGGCUCAUACAUCUACAGCGUUAUACUAAAAUGUCUUCCCGCCAAAGUGAAGAAUCUAGAAUUUUCCACGCCAUUAGGUUCAUGUAUUCCACUGCGUUUACGGGUCCAGAAUAAAACUGAUGUUCGAACUGAUUUUAUAGCAGCGGUGUCCCAUCCAUCUAUUAUAACGGAAAAAGAAUAUACUCUAGGACCUUUUGAGAAAGGAAAGUUCCUAGCUUGGUUUGAGCCAACAGAGCUGGGUGUCCAGUAUUGUAAUGUUUCAUUCAAUUCUCCGAUAGCAGGGGAAUUCGUAUUCAAUGUCAAAGGAAUAGCAACAGAGCCGAAACCGCAGGGCCCGUAUGAAAUAGUAGCUGGCGGAUCCACCGCCAUUGUAUUCAAAAAUAUAUUUGAAGAAACACGCACGUUUAAAAUACAUGUAGACCGCGAAGAAUUUCAUAUAAAAAGCAUCUAUGAACCUAUAAAACCUAAAAAGGAAUUAAAAGUGAUGGUAUAUCUUAACGACAUGCCUCCCAACAAACAGACGACAAUGCCCACCGGUUGCCUCACUAUAGAGACGUACGAGCCGCCCGAACCGAAAGUACAAUGGACGUAUUUUCUGCAAGGAGUCAUG